CCUUAGUCUUUAUAUACUGAGGACUUUCACUGAUGUGUUGUGGAUAUUCAGACAAAUAUAUUCACUGACUGUGAUGCUACUUCCAGCUCCCCCCACCCCUUCCCUCAUCACCUCUGCUGCUCUUGCAACGAGGACUGAAUCUGGCACCGUCUGGGUUUAGAGGCAGAGGGAAGGUGGGUGGGUGAGGAUCUGAGAAAGACAGAGAAUAAUUCCACCGACUGGUCAUCAAGAAAAGCUCUCCACGGUGAAAUUUGGCUUGUGGGAUUACAGACACUGGCUGCAGCACCAGUUAACGCAUACGGCUGAACACUGGUUUGCAAUCCUUUUAUUCAUCAGGCUGCUUGGUUUGUUUAAUCACAUUUCUUCUCUGUCUGCCUGUGAGAACGAGGUGGAGAUGGAGCGAGAGGCAGCAGGGAUGAAUUCUGUUUCCAUUGGCCGGUGUCUGUCUUUCUCUCCACCCACAGCAGUUCCACCUCACCUUGGUGUCUCCCCACGCACAUCCAGCCCUCUUUAUCGCAAUGAAGAAAUCUACAGCCAGAGUUUCUAUGGAUUUUAUUUAUAAACAUUUACCCCCAACAGGCGAUCGUUGAGUUGACAGCAGGCUUUGUUGGUUGGGAGGGAGGAGAGCACUGAGAGUCUGCUUCUACCACUUCAUAUUUUAUGUAGAGAGGUUUAAAAAAAAAUUGAAAAAAAUCUGGAGGUGACAAGGCUGUACCUCCCAAGUGGAAAAAUGGAUCUGAAGGAGAGCCCAAGUGAGGAUAGUCUGGGAAGCCUACAUCCCUCUAGCAUUCAGAUCUUUGCCAACACAUCCACACUCCAUGGGAUACGGCAUAUAUUUGUGUACGGCCCACUAACGCUCCGGCGCUUCCUGUGGACGGUGGCCUUUGUGUGCUCCCUGGGCCUUCUCCUUCUGGAGAGUUCAGAGCGAGUGGCCUUUUACUUCUCCUACCAGCAUGUCACCAAAGUGGACCAAGUGGUUGCUGAGAGCCUGGUCUUUCCUGCCGUUACCAUUUGUAACCUUAACUCAUUCCGCUUUUCCAAAAUCACUACCAAUGAUUUAUACCAUGCAGGGGAACUGCUGGAGCUCCUUGAUGUUAAUGGUCACAUCUUAGAGCCUCACUUGGCAGACACAGAGGUAUUGGCUAUUCUUGAAGAAAAGACCAAAUUCAAGCAGUUCAAACCCAAAACCUUCUGUAUGGGGGAGUUCAUGGAGCGAACAGGUCAUGACCUUAAAGACAUGAUGCUUUAUUGCAAGUUUAGAGGCCAUGAGUGCAGCCACAGAGACUUCCAAACUGUGUUCACGAGGUACGGGAAAUGUUACAUGUUCAAUUCUGGACAAGACGGUCGGCCUCUGCUCACCACUGUGAAAGGAGGGACAGGAAAUGGCUUAGAAAUCAUGUUGGACAUCCAGCAAGAUGAGUAUCUACCAAUCUGGGGAGAGACUGAGGAAACCACUUUUGAAGCUGGAGUGAAAGUUCAAAUACACAGCCAGUCUGAGCCGCCGUUUAUCCAAGAACUAGGGUUCGGUGUAGCUCCUGGAUUCCAGACCUUUGUGGCUACUCAGGAGCAGAGGCUCACAUAUCUGCCCUCACCAUGGGGUACUUGCCGUUUCUCCGAUCUGGGCUCGGACUUUUUCCCAGUAUACAGUAUCUCAGCUUGUAGGAUCGACUGUGAAACCAGAUACAUUGUAGAGAACUGCAACUGCAAAAUGGUGCACAUGCCAGGUGAUGCCCCUUUCUGUACCCCAGAGCAGUAUAAGGAGUGUGCGGAACCAGCACUAAGUUUGCUGACAGAGAAGGAUGGAGGGUAUUGCAUGUGUGCAAUGCCCUGUAAUGUUACUAGAUACAACAAGGAGCUGUCCAUGGUGAAAAUCCCCAGCAAGACAUCUGCCAAGUAUUUAGAGAAGAAAUUCAACAAGUCGGAGAAGUACAUUUCGGAGAAUAUUCUCGUCCUGGAUGUUUUUUUUGAAGCCUUGAAUUAUGAAACCAUUGAGCAGAAAAAAGCUUACGAGGUGGCUGGGUUGCUUGGUGACAUUGGGGGUCAAAUGGGACUUUUCAUAGGUGCCAGUAUCCUGACUAUCUUGGAGCUAUUUGACUACAUAUAUGAGCUGAUCAAGGAGAAGCUGUUGGAUCUCCUGGGCAAAGACAACGAGGAAGGAGGACAUACAGAGGAUCUGAGAACCUGUGACAACAUGCCAAACCAUUCAGAAACCAUUAGCCACACUGUGACGGUGCCACUGCAGGCCACACUGGGGACACUGGAGGAAAUCGCCUGCUGACGUUUUGAAAGCACUCUUUAUUUUGUGCCAAAAGUGUAGCGGACAGCAUGGUUGUCAGAGGGAGAUGCCCCGGCACACCCUGGGAGAGGGCGUAUGGGACUGACAUGAAAA